GUACAAAGCGCCGCUGGGACAACUCCUCACUCACAUCAGUCGCUCAACUACUGUUUUUAUGCGACGGACGCAGAAAUUACACGUCGGUUUGCAGUUACUACAUUUCCCAGGAUCCCCCGCGCGGUAACUACAGAAGACAACAUGGCGGGAAUCGGAGCGUUCCUGAAGAAUGCGUGGAACAAAGAGCCUGUUAUCCUGGUGUCCUGUGGCAUCGGACUGCUAGGUGUGGCUCUUCCACUCAUCAGCCCCCUCACAAAGUACACAGGAAUGAUCAAUGCAGCAACGCCAUUCACCUACCCAGUCCCUGUGCGAGAUGACGGAAACAUGCCUGAUGUCCCCGCCCAUCCGCGUGACCCACAGGGUCACAACUUGGAAUGGCUUAAAAAUCUAUAACUUCAUAUUCUCAAAAAUCAACCCAUGUGCUGUUCCUCGAUAUCAAAUGUGUCCACGUAUAUGCUCGACUUGUCCCAAAAUAAAGAUUGUCUAUUUAAUUCUA